AUGUGUCUCUAUCCUGAUGACUGUGAAUGCAAUCCAGUUCAAUUGACUUUGCACCAGUGGGUCAGACAGGGUUUGGAGUACUGGGAUAGGGCCAAGGAAAACAGAGAACAAGCUCUCAAGUUUCUCAAGUUUGCCCUUGCUGGCUGGGAUGGGGUGGACUUGGAUGACCAGUGGAAUGUCACCCUCAAUGUCUUACAAGGCAUACAGGAUAUCCAGGACAUCACCAUCACUUGUGAUUAUGAUUCCCUGAUUGGCACAACCAAAACACUCCCUUAUAGGGUUCCCUUGACAGUUUGGCCUGCCCCUUCCUUCAGGGAUACUCUGACAAUAAAUAACCAUGUGACUGCACCAGCUAUCAAUUCACAGGAUCAAGUAGUGUAUGUGCCAAUGCACAAAAUACCCAACCUUGCAUUUGGCAAGGUUGCAAAUUGCUCCAUCAUUCAUGUCUUCUUUCCAUACCUUCGACCCUACUUCAAUGAUGCAUACUUCAGACAUGAGCUUUGUGGUUGGAAAGCUGCAACUGUCCAUAACUUGGAUAUUGCAGCAGAUGACACAGAUGGAGCCAAUGCUGCAUAUGAGCAGGUCAAUGCUUUGGAUGAUCUAACUUGUGUUCUUCAUAUGCCAUCCAUCAAUCCCAGGCAGUGGCUUAUUGAUGUUGGUCUGGAGUUUGGCAAUCCUGAGAAAGCUGUCACAUGGUGA